AAACCGAACCGAGACGAUGCAUUUAAACCAGUUCUAAACAUUUUCGAGCCGAAUCGAGUCUCUAUCAGAAAACGAGAGAUUUAUACAAAUCACAAUCUCGCAUUUCCUUCGAUCCGCUCGCAGUCUAACCAGAAGAAGGUGACUCGAUUCGAAUUCGUUUGAUCAGGGGAAGAGGAAGAUGGAAGAGCCCAUAAGAGCAGCUUCGCAACAAGUCUCUGAUGAAUUCAAAACUCUUGUUAAUGCCGAAGAUCUAAAUUCUCUCAGACAUUUACAGCACCUCAUAUUGGGGAGAUUACAGGACAGUAAUGCAGUGCUCUCUCAUUACAACGAAUUUGCAGAGAAUUGCUUUGCUGAUGUAUCAUUGGAGUUCUCUAGAAACACUCGUCUCCUGAAAUCGAUGAAAGCUGACCUCGAUUACAUUUUCUUGAAACUAAGGAGCAUCAAAACUAAGAUCCUGGCUACGUAUCCAGACGCAUUUCCAGAUGAUUCUACUAGUGAUGCUUUUGAUCGAAGACCCGAUCUCGAGUUGCCUCAGUAAAGCAUUCAGAACACUCAGAUGUGUAUGCUUCUUAACGAAAGAAAUCCAAAUGUUGAAUCCGAAAACCUUUUUUUUCUUGUGUUUGCUUCUUUACAGAGAAAUAUCUGUUUUUUCUUUUGGUACCUUUGAUAGGUUUUAUCAUGUAUAACUGAGGUGUUACUUGCUAAAAACAAUUCAAAACCAGCAUUGAUAAGACGA